UUAAACACGUGUUCACGAGCCGUGAAAAAAAGCACCGCGAGGCGACAAACACGUGGGGUUUCUUGACAGAAAACUGAGAAAAUGACGGAGAAGGAAGUCAAACUUGGACCAGUGGUGAUUGAAGGUAAGACCAAGGUGGUGUACCAGGUGGCUGAUGACCCAGAGUUGGUGGUGCUACAGUCAAAGGACCGCAUCACUGCGGGGGAUGGGGAUCGGUCCCAUGACCUGAAAGGGAAGGCUGCAAUCUCUACAGAUACAACCACUGCCAUUUUUGAGUUACUGAAUUCUGCAGGUAUAAAAACUCACUUUGUGAGACGCCAUGGAGAGACGGCAUUCCUUGGCUACAAGUGUGAGAUGAUUCCCAUAGAAUGGGUCACAAGGAGGAUUGCCACUGGGUCAUUCCUGAAAAGAAACCAAGGGGUCAAAGAGGGAUUUAGAUUCUGUCCCCCUAAACAAGAGACUUUCUUUAAGGAUGAUGAGAACCAUGAUCCGCAGUGGUCGUACGAGCAGUGUCUGUCCGCUCAGAUGAAGGUAGGAGGUGUUCUGAUUGGUCAAGAUGAGCUAGACAUCAUGAGCAGAACUACAGUGACGGUGUUUGAAAUCCUGGAGAGGAGCUGGGCUUCACUGGACUGCAGCUUAAUUGAUAUGAAAAUAGAAUUCGGAGUUAAACCCAGCACAGGGGAGAUCCUCCUGGCUGAUGUGAUUGACAGUGAUUCUUGGCGGCUGUGGCCAUCAGGAGACAAACGUUUGAUGAAGGACAAGCAGGUCUACCGAGAACUAAAGGAAGUGACGGCAGAUGCUCUGGACACGGUCAAGAGGAACUUUGAAUGGGUGGCAGUUAGGGUCAAGCUGCUGUCCCCCAAACCUCAAGCCAGAGCAGUGGUUCUGAUGGGGUCCUCCUCAGACAUGGCCCAUAGUGAGAAAAUCAGGAUGAACUGCCAGACACUGGGUGUUCCUUGUGAACUGAGGGUGACCUCUGCUCACAAAGGCACUGAGGAGACAAUGAAAAUCCUGGCUGAGUAUGAAGGUGAAGGGAUACCCACUGUGUUUAUAGCAGUAGCAGGCAGAAGUAAUGGUCUGGGUCCAGUUCUGUCAGGAAAUGCCACUUGGCCAGUCAUCAAUUGUCCACCAUUGUCAGGGGACUGGGGAUCACACGACAUCUGGUCAUCUCUCAGAUUACCCUCAGGACUGGGAUGUAGCACAGUGAUGUUCCCAGAGGGAGCUGCUUUGUGUGCUGCACAGAUUCUCUCCCUUAGUGAUCAUGUCAUCUGGAGCAAAAUCCGAGCCAAGCAACUGAACACCUGGAUUGGUCUCAAAGAAGCAGAUAAAAAGUCCAGGAAUGAUAAGUGAUUCUUGUCUGGCCAUAAAUUUGCUUAGACUACUUUCUUUUCUGUUCAUAUAGUGCACAAAAUUUCAGGUACAACUCCUGUAAACCACUUACAUGUAGAUGAAAGAUAUUGAAUCUCAUUUCAUUCAUAUUUCAUUCAAACGUUCAUAAUAUACAUUUAAGUGCCAUUUGUUUUUGUUUUUUUAUUCUUUACUGUUUAUAUUUCCAAGACUUGUACAGGUUUAGCAGAAACCUUAACCUGCCAGGGCAUAUCUUCAAUAAAUGUUACAAACUGCA